GUUUUUAUAACUCUCAACACACAAACUCACGCUCUCCGUCUCUCUCAUCCCCCGCCCCUCCCCGCCACGGCGCUGCCGUCUCUCUCACUCUCAGUCACCACUCGUUUCGAAUCUCUCCUCUCUUUGCCCCGCCGAUUUGAAAUAUCUACUUUCUCUCUUCACUCGGUCUCUCUAUAUCUCUACUCUCUCUCUCUCUCUCUCUCUCCCUCUGCUCCUUUAGGGUUUGUACACUCCUUAAUCCCCAAACCUAGGGGAAGAACUCUGAAUUGUGAAGAGAGUUGUGGGAUUUUAGAGCUUACUGCGAACAUAAAAGAAGUUGCGGAAGCAAAAGCCUAACACCACAACCACUAGAAUCACUCUUUGCAAGAUAGUUGCGAUUUUUCUUCUGAAAAAGUGACAACAAGAUGGAGGACUGGGAGGAUGAGCAAAUUCCACCAAUCCCUACAAAGGAGCAGUCUAAAAUAAAUUGGGAUGAUGAAGAUGUGGACAAUGAUGAUGUGAAGGAAUCAUGGGAGGAUGAAGAUGAACAUACAACGGCACCGGAAACUAAACCUCCAGUUGAAAGGGCUCCAAAGAAACCCGCAGUGGAAGCUGCUGAAAAGAAAGGAAAAACUGUUGAAGUAGUAAAAGAAGAGCCACUAGAUCCUGUAGCUGAGAAACUGCGCCAACAAAGGCUGGUGGAAGAAGCAGAUUAUAAAUCUACCAAAGAACUAUUUGGUGAGAGAGGAGAUGAGAAGACUCUUGAUAAUUUUAUCCCCAAAUCAGAUACUGAUUUCUUGGAAUAUGCAGAGCUCGUAUCACAAAAGCUGCGUCCAUUUGAGAAAAGUUACCAUUAUAUUGCUUUACUCAAGGAUGUAAUGAGACUGUCAAUGACUACUUUGAAAGCAGCAGAUGCAAAAGAUGUUGCAUCUUCUGUUACAGCAAUUGCAAAUGAAAAACUAAAAGCAGAGAAGGAAGCAAAUGCUGGUAAAAAGAAAGCCCCUAGGAAAAAGCCGUUCCUUGUUGACAAGCCAAACGAUGAAAUGGUUGUUACUUCCUAUGAUGCUCUUGAUGACUAUGAUUUCAUGUGAGUGUUUUGUUCCAGUCAGAAAUUGGAUUCUGCAUUUAAGUCAUUGAAGUAGGGAUAAGAUCCUCCGGCGUCCCCCUCCCCAGAUAAUCACGAGUGUUAUUGCUGUAUUUGUUCUAUAAGAAACUGUCACAUUGCCUUCUAUAUUUUAUGGUCAAUUUUGUUAGUUUUGAAUACUAGAUCUACAUUUGUUUGCAUAUACUAUAUGUUGUGCUUUUGCCCAAGUCAUUGAAAAACUUGUUACUGUCAAAAGUAUAAUUACUAUUUAUUGAGAUUUUUUUAUUCAAGUCCUUCAAUAAUUU